CGAUGCUGCUGCUGGCCGCCGCCUUCCUCGUGGCCUUCGUGCUGCUGCUGUACAUGGUGUCUCCGCUCAUCAGCCCCAAGCCCCUCGCCCUGCCCGGCGCGCAUGUGGUGGUGACAGGAGGUUCCAGCGGCAUUGGAAAGUGUGUUGCUAUCGAGUGCUACAAACAAGGAGCCUUUAUAACUCUGGUUGCACGAAACGAGGACAAGUUGCUGCAAGCAAAGAAAGAAAUCGAAAAGUAUGCUAUUAAUGACAAACAGGUGGUCCUUUGUAUAUCAGUGGAUGUAUCUCAAGACUAUAACCAAGUAGAGAAUGUCAUAAAACAAGCACAAGAGAAACUGGGUCCAGUGGACAUGCUUGUCAACUGUGCAGGAAUGUCAGUGCCAGGAAAAUUUGAAGAACUCGAAGUUAGCACUUUUGAAAAAUUAAUGAGUAUUAAUUACCUGGGCAGCGUGUACCCCAGCCGGGCGGUGAUCACCACCAUGAAGGAGCGCCGGGUGGGCAGGAUCGUCUUUGUGUCCUCCCAAGCAGGACAGUUGGGGUUAUUUGGUUUCACGGCCUACUCUCCAUCCAAGUUCGCCAUAAGAGGAUUGGCUGAAGCAUUACAGAUGGAGGUGAAGCCAUAUAAUGUCUACGUCACAGUUGCCUACCCACCGGACACAGAUACCCCUGGGUUUGCUGAAGAAAACAAAAUGAAGCCUUUAGAGACUCGGCUUAUUUCAGAGACUACAUCUGUGUGCAAACCAGAGCAGGUGGCCAAACAAAUUGUUAAAGAUGCCAUACAAGGAAAUUUUAAUAGUUCCAUUGGCUCGGAUGGGUACAUGCUCUCAGCCUUGACCUGUGGGAUGGCUCCAGUAACGUCUAUCACCGAAGGGCUACAGCAGGUGGUCACCAUGGGCCUCUUCCGCACCAUUGCAUUGUUCUACCUUGGAAGUUUCGACAGCAUAGUUCGCCGCUGCAUGAUGCGGAGCGCAAAGUCUGAACCUGAAGACAAAACUGCUUGAUCCUUGGGAGGUCUUCACCCCUGGGGAGAAGACUGUUUCCAAAUAGUUUGAACAGCUUGCUGCUAAAUGGGACCCAACUUUUGGCCUACAGACUCUUCUGUAUUGUUUUUGAAUAUUGGUGAGAUUGGACCAGUGCUCUUCAGAAACUGGCUGCAAGCCAGGGCAUAGACAUUCACUUCCAGACAAUAUUAUUAAUACUAUGCAAAUAUAGGAUGGGAAGCUGUUUGCUUUUCUGGGCUCUGAGCUGGAGAGGUGGUGAUAUGAGAACUAAUAGCAGGUGAACAGGGUAAAGAGCAAAUUAUAGAAUGCUAAUUUAAAUUGUUCCUAUUUAUUCUUUUCCUCCUACUCCCAAUAGGGAUUAAG